GAACUGAGGCCAUGCUGAGUGAAACUGAGACCUCCGUUCACCUAGCUCUCCAAAAAGCGUGGCUACAAUUAAGCUUGCAAUCAACUCCUUUAAACACUGUCCAGAUAUGGAAAACCCAGAGGUUGAGUCAGACUUUCUCCGAAGUGUGCAUGCCCUUCUUCGGGAACUUGAUGGCCAUCAUCCAGCCUUCCAGAGUGAGAGAGGGAUGCUGAGAUGGACCUUGCACAAGAAAAUGGACCGGAAUCCCCAAAAUGGAAUCCUCUGGAUUAAAAUUUUGGUGAAAGAACUUGAAAGAGCAGAAAGAUGUAACCAUCAGAAGCACAUCAUCCCCCUGCUUCACACACUGAUGUAUACUCUGAUCAAAGUGCCUUGCUUAUCUGAUGACCUAUAUGAGAGGGUCUAUGAUUUCUUCAAGAAGUUGCUUACUUUACCCAAGCCUUUCUGCACUAUUGGUUUGGAUUAUGCUUGCCAACUGAAACUAGAACGCGCAAUACCAGGGAUAUUAUACCAAAGGAAAGUCUCUGCAGAACAAGGUCUCAAAAAUGACUCAUUCCCUUAUCAGGAUAAGAUUUUCAUGUUUGUUGAUCCAGAUUUGCUCUCUGGGGCUGUGUGCCAAGCACUAGUUGAUGAAAUCAAGGCUGCUCAAAUGUUCCAGUGUGCCAGGUCCUGCAUGAUCUAUGUAAUAGCGCAUGCCUUCCAAACAGGCCUAAAGGAACAUUGUGAUAUGAGGAACUUGCACGAAGUAUUUCAGGCAAAACCCUUAGAUGAGAUUGAACACUGUUUCCAAGAAGUGAUGGCAGCAACUGAACAUGCAGUUGAGGAAAUGAAUCUGGAAUAUAGUCGAUAUGUUGAGGCCCUUGAGAACAUCUAUAGCACAUUGUUGAGUUCUUCGGAGAGAAGGGUGAAGAAGUCUUCAGUAGGCAAAAGUUCAGACAUCCCUUUGCCCAAUCCUAAAAUCAGCUUCCACCUGUGGACUGAUGAAGACCAACUUUGGAAAGAGCUGGUGCAGUUUCUCCGUUCACCAAGUCAGAGUGGUGAACAGGAUUCUCUGAGUCCAGGACUGGAUGGCUUUGAAUUUCAAGAUCUGGUGCCAGAUUACGACUGCUGUGAACAGACACGUUUCUCUGUGCUCUCCAAUGACAGUGGGAUUGAGCGAGACUUGCCCCUUCUGGCUGAUGACAUGCCAACUUCCUGCAAUGCUGAGACUGAGCACUCUCGGCUCCAGAGAAAGGGUUGCAUGAAGAAGAAAUAUGCAGAUAGCAUAGCUUUGCUUCAGAGUAAUUGCAGUGGGCAAGGUGCAAAGCCAACUGGGAAACUGCAGCGGAAAUACGGUGGUAGUAUCAUAGAACCAAUAGUUAAAGUGAAAAAACUGCAUACAGCUCGGGUCUUGGUGCUGGGUGAUGACAGGAUACUGGGACGCCUUGCCCAGGCCUAUCACUCUUUGAGGAAGCGAGAAAGCAGGCGGGUGUUUCUUACACAAAGGCUAAAAGUACAUUUUUAUUAUGUGCCUCUUGUUGAAGAGCAACCAAUCUCUUCCCUUAUUGAGGGAGAGCCAUGUGAGUUGGCUGCCUAUCUUGGAAGAGCUGAUCCGUGGUACGAGAGCAAUAUUAAUUCCCUCUGUUACACAAUUCCGAAGCUGGCCACCAUGCUUUCUUCACCAAGCAAAUCCACACUCUCUGAAUUGUUUAUUAUUGAUGUGAUUACAUAUUAUGUGCGUCUGGGCUUACAGCCAGUUUUCUUCCAAGUCUAUGCCGUGAAGAUUUUUUUUAAUAAUGCUGCCUUGGAGCCAGUUGAGGACAUUUUCCUCACUGAGUUAAGAAUAAACUUUGAAGAGUUCAACUCUUCCAGAGACAAUUUACCAACGAAGAAGAAACCAACAAUAGAAUUUCCUGGUGCAGAACUUACAUUAUUCUAUAAAAAGGUUUUGCUGAGUAACCGUGAACAGGAUGAGAUGAUUUCUUUGCGAUCUACAGGCCUUGUUAUAAAAACCAUUCCUUCACGUGAAUUUGAAGAUCUAGUGUGCUUGACUGUAAAUAUUGAUGAAGUCAUAAAAACCUCCAACAUUUCAGGACGAUCAUAUUCUUUAAUGACAAAUACUAUACGAAUGCGCGACAUCAGUCUCAGAAGUACAGAACAAAGAUCUUUUACUGUGUUCCUUGACAAGGAUUCCAGGCGAGCCUAUAAGAAUGUUAUCAGUAUUCAAGUGUUUCCUUGCCUAGAACCCAGCUACUGUUUGCAAAAGUCAAGAACAAAACAGACCAACUUGCAAGGGGAAGAAGGCGAUGAUAUAGGACUGGCCAAAUACUUACCUAAGUCUUUACUCUUACCCAUCAAUACUUUUGCAGGCAUUAUUCGAUAAAGAAGCUGAUAAUCCCAACCUUUCAAAUCUUUUGUUGAGUUUCAUUAGGAAUUAUUCAGUGAAAGAAAGGUGUCAAGAUG